AUGUUCGAGUAUCAGGAGACAGAAGCGAAAACAACGGCCAGUCAUAGAAUUUCGUUUUCGAUUAUCGACAUACUGGAUCCCAAAAAGUUCACGCGGAAAAAGCUGGAUGGAGUUGAAAAAGACAACACGGAGUCUCCUUUCCGCGGAGACCGUGGGGACGCGGAGAGCACGCUGAGCGGUAGAGGAGACGCUGUUCCUACAGAGGCUUUAUACGUCGAUGAGGAUGCAGGUGGUCAGACAGUGGAUGACCCCCAGCGCUCUUUCACACCCCAUCCAACACAUGAAGUGGACUCAGCUUCAGCUCUCAGCACUGUCCAGUCACGUUUGUCUCCCGGUGAGGAAGGGGAUGCUGAUGGAGACAGCAGUGGUAUGACAGAGCCUUCUCGCUCCCGCCGCCGCAGGCCUGAUCAUGGCUGCACCAGGCCCCGCCGAGCCAGGACCGCCUUCACCUACGAACAGCUGGUAGCCCUGGAGAACAAGUUUCGCUCCACACGCUACCUGUCCGUGUGCGAGAGGCUGAACCUGGCACUGUCGCUGAGCCUCACAGAGACGCAGGUGAAGAUCUGGUUCCAGAACCGCAGGACCAAGUGGAAGAAGCAGAACCCAGGGGCUGAUGGCACCAUGCAGUCCAGCACCACUUCACUUCCAAGCCUGAGUCCCAGCACUGGAGCAAUAGCAUGUGGACCCACCACAGCAGGAUUUCGACCUUUUCCCCCUUUCAGCACCGGAGACGUCAUCUUUCACUCCUCCAGUGCUAUGCCACUGUCGUCCACUGGCGGCAUCCUGCACCCAUUCUUGCCCGCUGGCUACCUGCAGCCUACACUCUUCCCACCUCAUUUAUGA